AGGGGCACCUCCGCACCUCCCGGGGAAGAAGCCAAGGGAAAGCGAAAGAGAGCAGAGCUUGGCAAUGGAGCUUCCAUGGGGAAUGCUGCUGCUGCUGGUCCUCUCCGUCUCCUCCUCGUCCUCCUCCUCGGCUGCCGCCACGCUCGCCGUCAGUGCUCCGCCCCCAGUGCCUGCGCCUCGUCAUGCUCAAGACGCUGAAGGGCUGCUCAUCAACGGCAACUUUGAGACGGCGCCGAGGAAGCUGAACAAGACCCUUAUCGUGGGCCGUCACUCGCUGCCCGGAUGGACGGUGCAGGGUCACGUGGAGUACGUCUCGGGCGGGCCGCAGCCAGGGGGCAUGUUCUUCGCGGUGCCGCACGGCGUGCACGCGCUCCGCCUCGGCAGCCGCGCGUCCGCGUCGCAGAACGUGACGGUGCGUCCGGGCGCACUAUACGCGCUGACGUUCGCGGCGACGCGGACGUGCGCGCAGGACGAGUCCCUGCGCGUGGCCGUGUCGCCGUCGCUCUCGGCGCCCGCCGACGUCGCCGUGCGCACGCUCUACAGCGGCGCGUCCGCCGACACCUGGGCCUGGGGUUUCCGCGCCUCCUCCCCCGUCGCGCAGGUCACGUUCGCCAAUCCCGGCGUGCAGGAGGACGCCGCGUGCGGCCCGCUGCUGGACGCCGUCGCCAUCAAGGAGCUGCCCGCUGCGUACCCGACCAAAGACAACCUGAUCAAGAACGAUGGGUUCGAGAUCGGUCCCCAGGUGCUGAAGAACUCGACGGUGGGCGUGCUUCUUCCCCCGAAGCAGAAGGACGCGACGUCGCCGCUUCCCGGGUGGAUCAUCGAGUCGCUCAAGGCGGUGCGGUUCAUCGACGCGGCCCACUUCUCCGUCCCGGCGGGGCAGUACGCGGUGGAGCUGGUGGCCGGGCGGGAGAGCGCCAUCGCGCAGGUGAUCCGCACCGUGCCGAACCGCGCCUACAACCUGUCGUUCGCCGUCGGCGACGCCAAGAACGGGUGCCACGGGUCCAUGCUGGUGGAGGCGUUCGCGGGCAACGUGACGCAGAAGGUGCCGUUCGAGUCCGCGGGGAAAGGUGGGUUCAAGGCGGCGGCGUUCAGGUUCGUGGCCGCCGGAGCACGGACCCGCCUCACGUUCUACAGCUCCUACUACCACACCAAGGUCACCGACGGCGUCUCGCUCUGCGGCCCCGUGCUGGACCAGGUCAAGGUCGUGCCCGUGAAGGCGUAGUAGUGAAUAAUGAAGAAUCGUGAGAGCUCCGUCAGAGUGCUCUUGUCGUCUGUAGCUGUGCUUCGUCUUCGUCGUGAUUUGGCAUGGUGGGUUGGGAGACUACUGAACGAACUCUUGGACCCUUCUGAAUCGGAUCAUGGUGUGCAGAACUUAUGCAUGGUGUGAUGUACUAAUCUUGCGAAAUUUGGUUGCCCUUCUUGCGAAAUUAUGGUUUGGUGGUGUCCUCAGGCUGAACCAGACAUGCCACGAUUGCGGUCAGUUCCAAUUGUGGAAACGCAUGCGUGAUGUCCGGUUGCCGGAGGCAUUGAUGUAGCCGUGUUCAAUCAGGCAUUGAAGCAAUUGUCUUGAUUUGAGAUGUUUAAAGUAGUGUCUCCAA